UCUGCAUCUCCUCAUCCCUUCAUCAUCUCAAACAGAUAAGAAAGGAACCAGACACCUGUUGUCCUGUAAUGUGCAGUAUGGAGAAAUGAGGACGGACGACCAGCCAUCUCACUCACAGAUCAAGACCAAGCCAUGGAUAAUACCAGCUUGGGCUGGCCAGAGGAUCUGGAUGGUGAUGCCAACCUUUCUUCUCUCCAUGGCGACCUGGAGGACUUCUGCGCUACGUCGUCGAGGCACCAGGCAUCCCGGGUGAUCCUGUACGCCUUCUUUACGACGGGCAUCGUGUGCACGGUGGUGGGCAACUUCCUGGUGGUCCUGGCAAUCGCUUACUACAAGCAGCUGCAGUCACCCACCAACUCGUUCGUCAUGUCCUUGGCGGUGGCCGAUUGCCUGGUGGGGUUGGUGGUCAUGCCCUACAGCAUGGUGCGCACCGUGGAGGGCUGCUGGCUCUUCGGCGCCCUCUUCUGCCGGGUCCACUCCAGCCUGGACGUCAUGCUGUGCACCGCAUCCAUCUUCCACCUCAGCUGCAUCGCCUUUGACCGCUACUACGCCGUGUGUAACCCCUUGGUCUACCACCUGAAAAUGUCCCAGGGCCGGGUAGCCUUCCUGAUCGUGGUCUGUUGGGCCAUCCCGUUGCUCAUCUCCUUCGGCCCCAUCAUGCUGGGCCUCCACAAGGCCGGGGUGGACGUGGUGCCCAUGCCGCCCGAGGACGCCUGCGUCUUCCUGGUCAACCGCUUCUAUGCCGUCAUGGCCUCCUUGGUGGCCUUCUACCUGCCAAUGGGCGUCAUGCUGGCGGCCUACUGGAAGAUCUACAAGGCGGCCAAGCGGCAGGCCAUGCAGAUCAGCGCCAUGGAGAGCCAGUUUUCGGCCGGAGUGGGCAAGGACUCCAGCAAGAAGCAGAGGCACCGCAAUGCCAUGAGGAGGGAGAGGAAGGCAGCUAAGACCCUGGGGAUCAUCAUGGGGGUCUUUCUCAUCUUCUGGCUUCCCUUCUUCACCGUCAACAUCGUGGAUCCCUUCAUCGACUACAGCACAGCGGUGGAGGUGUGGGAGUUUUUCCUGUGGCUGGGGUAUGUCAACUCGUCGCUUAACCCGUUCUUGUACGGGUUCUUCAACAGAUCCUUCCGUAGGGCGUUUAUGAUGAUUAUGGGAUGUCGGAUAUGUCUGUCGAGCUCCUCACCGGGUAUGGACUUAUCAAAAGAGGGCAACGAACGCAAGGUCAACCAAUAGGAGACUAGAAUUGCAACACUUCACACCUGGACGGGCAUCGACCUAUCACACGCUAGGAAAGAGGGCAACGGGACACACAGACAACCAGUAGGAGACUGGAGACUUUUAAAAUACUUCAAUACCGGCUAAUUGUGUACAGGUAGAGGACAAUUUAAGGGAUGAAGUUGUUGUUGUUAUAUUAGAGAGGAUUAAACUGCUGACUGAUGAAAACAUUGACAUUUUAAAAAAUCUCUUCAUUUUUGAAGUGCAAAACCCUCAAAUGACAGGGUGCAAAUAAACAUUGUGUUUUGGUAGCCGUUAUACAGAAAAAAAGAGAGAAAGAAAAUAUGUUUAAAAAAAGAAAGAAGUGAUUACUCUUCAGCAAAUGUUGUCCUAACUUUGUAAAUAAAUAUAAUGUCUGGUUCUUCCCUUGCAUUUCU